AUGUCUAAUAUGCACAAAUGUUUCGCUAGUGAUUCUAAUGUAGAAUCGUCUCAUUUACAAUCAGUAGAAUCCCUACAACCUGUAUCUCGAACUUCACCACAAGUUCCUUUAAAAACAACUCAGGAAAUAUUGCCAUACAUCGAAGACAUAUCCGUAAUAUUGGCGUUUAAUAAAACGAUUUCGGAAUUAAGUGUAGAUAUCGGUCGGGAACUCGCCAAUAAACUCUUCUCCUUAUGUGAUGCCAAUCCUGAAGUGUGGUCAUCCAAUUUAGAAGAGUAUAUUGAUGGCGUCCUUGAUAAUAACGGAAAGAAAUAUGAAAUUGCGGCCUUAGAAAUUUCAGAUGAACCCUUCCAAAUAUAUUGUAAAAAGGUGCUUCUCGACUUCUACUAUGUUUUUGAUCGAAAUCCUUAUACAAGCCUAAAGAUAAUAAAUAAAAAAUUUGUUAUCUGUCGGAUUUCUUCAAUAUUCAAAUAUUACGAAGCAACCUUUCCAUAUCUUAAAUUUGAAUGGAUGGAGGUUUAUGCGCAUUCCGCUAACUCGGAUAUCGUUAAAUUAAAUUCUAAGGCAACGCGAUACUCCGACGGCUUGGAUCUAUGGCACAUGGAUGUAGCUAGGGGAUCAUCAAAUAUGACUGAUGUACACACCAUAGAGGAUAAAGCUCUCAGAACAGAUGUACUAAAUCUGGUCAGAGUGUUGCGUGAUCAUACUGAUUGCGAUAUUACACUCGCAACUAAAAUCAAAGUAUUUCGUACCCAGGUUAUAGACGAUCAAAUGAUUCUAUACUCUUUAAAUAUGCUACCCGAUGGACGGUACCUUUUAGCUGAACUCGCCAAAGCCUCCAUUCCUUUUACUUUUCGGGAUCGACACCAGUAUAAGGCUAUUCUUCGAAUGAUGGCAAUAUUUCAUGAUGAGAUAGAAAAGCAAGAGGAAUUAAUGGAAGAAAUCAAUAAAUCUGCACUUCGAUCAGAGGCAGGGACAGUCCGCCAUGUAUUAAAGAAACAUGAAAAUGUUGGAACGAGUUGA